AGCAAGUACAACAUCAAGGAUUCGCUCGAGUUCUGCCAAUAUGUCAACAACAUCUGCCUUCCGACGGGACACAUUUUGGUUUCCUUUGACGUGGUUUCGCUUUUCACGUCGAUUCCAAAAGAGUUAGUUCGACACAGCAUCUUUCGCCGCUGGAAUGACAUAGAGAACCACACACCGAUAUGUCUCGACCUAUUCUGGGAAAUUACCGAAUUUUGUAUUGAUUGUAGUUACUUCUCAUUCGAAGGAGCUUACUAUAUACAAAAAUUUGGAACCGCCAUGGGAAACCCCCUGUCCCCAAUCAUCGCUGACUUGGUGAUGGAAGACAUACUGGACGAAGCGAUCUCCAAAACAAGCUGUGUCAUCCCAUUCAUAAAAAAGUAUGUGGAUGAUCUAUUUCUGGUACUUCCACCCGACAAAGUACAAGACGUCGUAAACACGUUCAACGAAGUCAACCAAAACAUCCAGUUCACUCUGGAGAUGGAGGAAGGUAGAAGGCUCCCCUUCCUGGAUAUGGCACUCAUCCGACAGGAGGACGACACGGUAAAAACGGAAUGGUACUGCAAGAGCAUCGCGUCGGGACGUUUCCUCAAUUUUCAUUCCGGUCAUCCAAUGCACCAAAAGAUGAAUGUAGCUCAAAACUUCGUUAAGCGGGUGAUGGUUUUCUCCACGAACUUGGACCUAAAAAGGAAAAGAGAAAUCGUACACCGCCACCUGAAAGCAAACGACUACCCGAAAUGCCUCAUCAACAGACUAAUCAACCGCGCAAAACAUCAAACGGUAAACAACAAUACAGCUAUGGACGUGAGUAGAACAGAAACCGAGACAGAAACACACCAAGACGAAAUGAAAUUCUACUCGCUCACAAACAUUGACGGAUUAACACAACAAAUAACCAAAACACUAAAAAGGGACUACCCAGGGAUAAAAAUAGCAAACAGACAACACAAAACAAUUGGGUCUCUUCUUCCGUCGGUAAAAGACAAAACACCCAACACCGAACAAAGUAACGUUGUUUACAAAAUAGACUGCGCAGAUUGUGAGGCAUGCUAUAUAGGAAUGACCAGUACAAAACUAAAACAAAGAAUAUCUGGACAUAGAUCAAACUUGAAAAAGCUAAAAACACUACUAGACAAAGGGUAUACAAACGAAGACGCGAAGGUUAGCUGGGUGAGGGAAAAAACGGCACUUGUUAACCAUGCAGCAACGAUGGACCAUAAUUUUAAGCUAGACGAAACAAACAUCAUAGAUAGGACAUUCAAAACAAACAAUCUACACAUUCUUGAAAGUUGCCACAUAUACAACACUAACAAUACUGUAAACAAACGCACAGACACUGACAAUCUCCAUGUAGCUUAUGCUGGACUAUUACACUUACUGAAAAACGAGACGACGAAUGGAAGAUGACGAUCAAAACAAAAUAGAUAGAUGGGAGAAUCUUCUCAGGGUUAGAUAGUUAAGACACACACUAAACUAAACAGAGAGAAAGUGACUCACACAAACAAAAAGAAUAUCAUGCGAAAAGCAAUGGUGGAAGAUUCCAAAAACAGGGACCGAAUUCUAGACCGCCCGAUAGGUAGGAGAUUGUCCGCAUCACGACGGUUGAAAACCGAACGGACUCAAUCUAUACCAAAACUUCCGCAUGACAUUUUUGAGUUUAGCAAAGCCAUCUUGACUAGGAAACCUUGACCGAUUGGUAAAUUGUAAAACUAAUUAAAUGUUUAAAAUUUUGUAUUGAUAGUUGAAUAAUUAUAUUUUAGAACCCUUGAAAAAGGUCCCAUACGGACCGAAACGUCGGGAAAAAUCAUAAACUAGUGUUUUCGAUUCCCCAAAAGACUGCAAA